AUGGCUCCCUUGAGCAGUUCGGUUUUCCUCUUUUUUGAGAUGCUUCUUGCGGUUUCAGCAUCUUAUAGUGUGAGUGGUCUUUACGGAGGAGUGUCGUACCAGCCGGUAGAGCACCACGCCCUACGCGGCCAGUCCUUCAGGGAUAUCUCGGGCAUCUCUGCCGUCCUGUGUUCGGCUCGGUGUCUCAGCCAUCAUGGAUGUUUCUCGUUCAACUAUGAUCACAUUAAUCGAGUUUGUCAGAUGAACAACGUCACAAGACAACAAAAGUGCGAUCAUUUCCAGCGAAUGCAAUCGUUCACUUACUACGACGCAACUGCGAAACCAAGAAAUUGCCAGAACAACACUGUUUCAAGCGAUGGAGAAUCAUCAACUCUUUCCUCUACCAGCGUGUGUUGCCUUGUCGGGAGACUCGGUGUCGAAGAUGGUUCAAUCCCCGAUGAGAGCCUUUCCGCAUCAAGCAACUGGUUUCCUGAGCCUGGAGUGGGCCAGCAAUUCAGCACACCGGCUGGAGGUCGUCUCAACAAGAUACCCACACAGGAAGAUAUCAUAGGCGCAUGGCAUCCCAAUGUUUCCGAUGCCAACCAGUGGAUACAGGUGGAUUUGGUCAACCCGACCUUCGUGACUGGGGUGCUCACCCAGGGGCGUUCUGAUCAUCCGCAAUGGGUGACAAAGUACAAAGUGCAGUACCAACCACCCUCACAGGAAUCCUUUGCUGAUGUGCAAGACCAUCUUGGGCACACAGAGGAAUUUAUUGGCAACACCAACAAACUCGAAAUCGUUGACAGACGUUUCUUCGAGCCUGUUUUGGCGAACAAGCUUCGUAUUGUACCCGUUGAGUGGAACGGUAACAAUAUCGCUCUGCGUUUUGAGCUGAUUGGUUGUGAGUAA